ACAAACGCAAACAGUUUCAAAGUCCACAAGCGUGAACACAAUGUCAGGUGUAACAUUACAUUAGUCACUCAAGGUUCACGAUGAAAUUGUGCAUUCUACUGUAACGUUACGGUACUUGCAUCGUAAAGCCUGUGAAAUUAGUACACACUUUGUCAAAACAUCAGUGACAGAUGGUGGAUCACACAAAGAUGGCCCAUCAGUGGAACUGCUGUUGGCUCUUUUAAGACUUGUGAUGACUCAAGGAAAGCAAUACACAAAGCUGAUCACCUUUAAUGGUGACAUCCUUUCAUUUCGGUGCAGAAACUCCCAUCAAGAUGGCGACAGUCGGAAGAAAUCAGAGCUCACAUGUCUGAGGUUGACAUUCACAAAGGAAACAAACUGUUUUACGUCACGGCAUGGGGACACACCUAUAUACAAGGACAGCUCUGCAGAUGUAGAUGUAGUUUGUUGCUCCACAGCUUUAGAUGUGAGAAAGAAAAUUGUGGUGCCUUGCCUUUUGCUAAGACUAUGGAAGCCGAAAUUGUCUUGUUACAAGUAUAAACUCAUCACAUUGACAAGCCCUACUAAAGCAGAGCUCCAUGUGGAAUUUAACUCCCAGUAUGAACUGCAAGAUGGUGUCACAAUAUUCCAAGGCCCCACUGUUCUAUGGACACAUGAGAACAUAGUACAUUAUGCAUCAGCACAGACCAGCAAAGUCAGAAGUAUUGCUGUUCAGAUGUCUGUUGUUUUUUUGGGAGAGUUAUGCAGUGAUGUGAUUGUAUUAGGCUCACAAAUACAUUCAAAGGAAGAAGUGAAUGGUCAAAUCAGUGUUUGUAAAGAUAACAAAAUAGUUGGUUACUCAGUUGAGGAUGAAAAGGUGAUCAACGGAACAUGCAUUAUUCCAAAUACAUACAGUUCUGUCGUACAGUGUUCUCUGGUGGUUUCUGCAGAGGAGGUCAAAGGGCACAUGAAAGUGAACAUGGUGGUAGCCACAAAUAAAAAACAGUUGGUCUGUUUUGAGAAUGGAAAACUCAAAGAAGUCUGCCAAUUGCCAUUUGAAGAACCUGAAUGCAUCAAGAUGGCCACCAUUGGGAACAGUGGGCUAGUGUUCGUUGUCUCUUUCAACCAAGGAAAUGUGUGUGCUGUUUGGAAAGACACAUUUCAGGUUGCGGCCUGUUGGUCUGGUGUGAGUUCAGUACUCAUUGAUGACUUUGUUGGCUAUGGGACUGACCAGAUCCUCCUGGUGUUUCAUGACCAGAAUCCCGCUGACACCGUAACAAACUUCAUUAUGACAGACCUCUGUGGCACAAUGUACUCUUGUGGCCGUGGCGAGAUCAGUGAGGAAUCUGAAACUUCAGAUGCUGCUCAAGGAAAUUACCUUUGCACCAUACAAGCAUUAGAAUCCAGACUACAGAGUGGCCUGACCUUGCUCCAAGACCUUCAGAGAGAUGUUGAUGUCAAAGAGAGGGUGCUUCUGCAGUCCACUGAUGCUCUGGCAGAUUUGGUGUCUGGAAGAGAGCACAUCAUAUCAAAGACAGAACAGGAAGGUUUGGUGUCGCUGUGGGAAGAUGCUGAUGAGGGAGAGGAGGCGCUGCAGGAGGAGAGGAUGCAGCCUGAGUCAGAGCAGCAGCCCUUUCUGGUGGAGAAACUCUGGCACCGAGUCAUUGAAGACUGCCUGGUUGUAGGAGUGCUCUUAACAAAAGAAGAUGCCAUAUUGCUUGAGAGUGCCUCUAUCUCCCUACUACUGGAGACCGCUCAGGGCCAGGCUGCCACAGUUAUCCAGACCCAGAGUCGUGCCCACUGGGUCCCUGCCACCCACCCCUCGUCUCCUCCCGAGCCUGUGGCCAAGAGGAGGAGGCCGGACCAGGCGGAGGGCAGCAGCUGGAGUGGCGGUGGAGGCAUGCUGAAGAAGCUGGCGCUGACCGCCGUCUGUGAGCUGACCCCUCUUCUGACCUGUGGUCCUGUCAAAUGCCCUGUCAUGCUCCAUUACGUCCUCAAAGAGGUGUCACCAGCUUGUGUCAGGCCCCAGGGUCCAAAGGGACUCCAGUGUGGACAGAUCUCCCUCAGCAUGACAGAUGUGUUCCAGCCCAGCCCGCUGCACGCUGCAGCCCACAGAGAUGAAUCUAGAGAGGACCUUCUAAGCCUCUUGGCAUUCUUGGACUCAUGGUCCUUCCAGAUCUACUCCCCAGACCACACCCUGUGUGAUGUGAGCCAGUGGUUGCAGGAAGCAUUGGGGUGUGAGAAAGUGGAGAGAAGUCCCCAGUACCUUCUGUCCAACUCAGCAGGACCAUCUGCUGCUCUGGUCUUUCACUGGCAACAGACGAGCCCCUUCUUGGGAGAACUGGUCAUCUAUUGCAGAGGCCAGUUUGCUCUGCUCAGAUUUCUGCACUCUCUGUGUGACUUCCUCCCAGCCUCCUACCACAUCCAGCCCCUGAGGAAGGACCGAUCAGGGGUGCGGGCUCAGGAUGUGGGCUGCUCCCUGGAGAAUGAGGCGCUGGCCCUGAGGGAUGGACUGUCCAGCCUCCUCACUGCCUGCCAGAGGAGGGGGAGCAGCGGGGGGCCAGGAGGAGAAGGAGCAGCCCCAGCCCCGGCUCCGCCAGCGGUGGACGAGCUCCAGAGACGGCGAGAGGAGUGGCACAGGGACAUUGAGGGGAGCAAGAGGAGGGUGGGCCCCCUUGUGGUGAUGGAGCGCUAUUGCUCGUUGGUCGAGAGUGUGCUUCAGGUUCAGAAGCAGGUGGACGUAGACGUGCUCCUGGGAUCAGAGGCCAGAUCUGUAUUCGCUUCAUAGUGUCGCCCUCUUACUGAUGAGUUUGAGGUUUCUCACACAAACAACGGCAUGAACUGUCCUGUACUCCACACGGCAGCACUUUUACUCCGUUUAACUGGGACGCAGUAGAGAGAGAGAGAGAGCUCAGCCACUGCGGUGCUGUUUGUCCGAAUCCUUUCAGAAAAGUCUCUUUGGCCCCUUCAUGUGAUCUUGAGUGAAUGCUGGGUAUUCUCCUGGUACUCCGUCCAACCUGGUGGGGGGGAUGUUUGCGGUGGUGACAUUCACCUGGAAGAGCUCUCUGCAGACAGACCGCCCCUGGGGAGCCAGACUAAUGCACUGCUGCCGUCGCCCCCUCUGAUGAACUUCUCAUGGGGUUCACACCUCUAACAUUUUGGUGACAUUCGUCAGCCACACUCCCUCGCCCCAGCCCUCUGGCAUCUGCAGAUGGCUUGUGUGUGUUUGUGUGAAGCCCUCUGGGAACGCCACUGUUCCUUUCAUAAGCAGCGCUAGCUCCUUUGUCUCUGCCUUGUGUUUUAGAAUAAAGCUUUAGUGCUCUGUG